AUGGGGAAACGUGGACGGCCGCCGCGGAGACAGGUGGUCCAAACGCCACCGGCGAGUGUGAGGGUCUUCUCGCCGACUUCAUCUUCUCAUGGGAAUGGUAACACAUCUGGGGGUACUACAAUUUCAACUGAGGUAAACACUUUGAUAGGGUCUGAACCAAUUUUGCACACGAUACCAGAAGAGGAGAAAGAACAUUCAGAGGAACCACCUCAACCAUGGGUGGAUGUCAUCAAAGGCAAUAGAACUUCAUCGAGUGGGCUGAACAUUGAAUAUACACCUCCCUCUAUUGUCAAUGGUGAAAUUGAAGUUGUACUCGAGGAUCAGGAUGUGGUUUCAGAGCUAAAGUUUUGGGAAAAUGCCCUGAUUAUGUAUGUCGUUGGUGGCAAUCUGACAAUGACUGCAGUGAAGAAGUUCAUGAUGAAGACCUGGGAUUUUGCUGCAUUACCAGAACUCUAUUACAAUGAAGAAGGAUACUUUAUCAUCAAGAUGAGGUCGAAAGAAGAUAAGGAUGUGGUGCUAAGGAAAGGACCGUAUACCAUCUUUAGGCAGCCAAUGUUCUUACAGGAAUGGAGACCGUACUUUUCAUUGGAUAAAGAUGUUAUUCGAGUUAUGCCAUUAUGGGUCACCUUUCCCCAAUUACCACUUGCAUUUUGGGGUGAGAGUAGUAUUGGCAAAGUGGCAAGCGCCAUAGGUAAACCAAUUAUGACUGACGAAUGCACUGCGAAGAAAUUACGCAUCACAUAUGCUCGUGUACUCAUUGAAGUUGACAUUACUGCAGAACUUAAAGAAGCCAUUUAUAUUCGGGAUCCUCAAGGAAAUAGAAUGCAACAGCAAGUUGAAUAUGAGUGGAAGCCGGCUUUUUGUAGGAAAUGCAACAAGGGUGGUCAUGAUUGUGAGAAACUGAAUAUUAAGAAGGCCCAGAUGACCCAAAAGUGGGUUCAGAAACACCCUGCAGAUGGGGAAAUUGCCAAUAGCAAGCCUAAGCCAGCAGGUGGAGAAAUUGCCAAUAGCAAGCCUAAGCCAACAAAUGGAGGGACUGAGGACGAUUGGAAAAUAGUUACUUCUAACAGUAGGAUUGCUACAGUUAAAGGUAAAGCUAUCAGAAUUGAUACAGUUGGGCAUAAUGAAGAGAUAAUUGGAUGCAGCAACGGUUUUGACAUCCUUGGGAUGGAGGAUGGCAAAAUGGUGGAUGCUACAUGA